GAACCACGUGGGGCAGGGGCACGUCUCCGGUGCCGGCGGCCGCUUCCAGAAUUGAGCUCCAAGCAGCUGGAGGGGACCAUGGCCAACAGUGAGCGCACCUUCAUUGCCAUCAAACCUGAUGGGGUCCAGCGGGGUCUCGUGGGAGACAUCAUCAAACGUUUUGAACAGAAAGGAUUCCGCCUUGUUGCUUUGAAAUUCAUGCAGGCUUCUGAAGACCUUCUCAAGGAACACUACAUCGACCUGAAGGAUCGUCCAUUCUAUGCUGGCCUGGUAAAAUACAUGCACUCAGGGCCAGUGGUUGCCAUGGUCUGGGAGGGGCUGAAUGUGGUAAAGACAGGCCGAGUGAUGCUUGGAGAGACCAACCCUGCUGACUCCAAGCCUGGGACCAUACGCGGGGACUUUUGCAUUCAAGUUGGCAGGAACAUUAUUCAUGGCAGCGAUUCUGUGGAGAGUGCAGAGAAGGAGAUUGGCUUGUGGUUUCAACCUGAAGAACUAGUAGAUUACAAGAGCUGUGCCCAGGGCUGGAUCUACGAAUGACAUGAAGGCAGACCACAGGACUUUUCCCACUCCACUUCCCCUCUCUUCCAUGGGCAGGGGACCAGGCUGUGGAGUAACCUAGUUAUUUCUGGGGACUUCCUUGUAAUCUAGAGGGAAACUUUUGAAGCUGUGAGUGCUCCUUGUACAGUGUUAUGUGCUGCCAUCAAAUUAAAAUGCAUCAUCCCAA